AUGGAGCUCCCAUCAAACUUAAAGGAUCUGUAUGUUGAGUGGUUACAGGAGCUGGUCGAUGGAGUAAGCCCUAAACAAGAACAGCUGAAAAUAGCUUAUGACAAAGCAAGGAGAAAUCUCCAAGAUACCGAAGGUACAUUUUAUAAUCCCAUGGAUCUCAAGAAAGUGAAGGGGAUUGGCAAUACAAUCAUUAAGAGAUUGGAUUCCAAGUUGCGAGAAUACUGUAAGGCACAGGGAAUCCCUCCUCCGGAGCUGCAGGCCUCGACGAAAAUGGCUACUACUAGACCAUCUAAGAGAACUACAACAGUCUUACGCAGUAUAGAAAAUUUGAGCGAAAACAACAAGGAUGAAGAUAAUGAAGAGGGGGGUGCUAAGAAGAAAAGAGUCAGAAAAUACAUACCCAAAAAGAGAUCUGGAGGCUACGCUAUUCUUCUUUCCCUGCUUGAGCUAAAGGCCAUAAGUCGAGGUGUUAGUAAAGAGCAAAUCGUCGAGCUUGCGGGAAAGUAUAGCGAACACUGCAUGACCCCUAACUUUUCUACAAAGGAAUUUUAUGGCGCUUGGUCAUCCAUCAGCUCUCUCAAAAAACAUUCUUUAGUUCUCGAAGAAGGUAGGCCGAAAAAGUAUUCACUCACAGAAGAAGGUAUACAAUUAACAAAGAGCUUAAAGAUAGCAGAUAGAAUCUCGUUCCCAAAAGAAAGUUGUGAGACCGAUGAGCAUUCUGCAAUUAGAAACGAAACCAGCGAAUUCACGGCAAAUUUGAGUGACCUCCGUGGUGAAAAUAGUAAGGAAGAAGAGAUCAAUCACAUGAAUGACACCUCAUCCAUGUUAGACAUUACUUUUCAAGAUCUAAGCACGCCGCAAAGGCCACAGAAAGGUUUGCUUAAAAACCAAAGGCUGCGUACUCAAUCCGAUUUAUCCCCUCAUGUAUCAAAAGAGGUCUUCGGUAACCAGCCAAUUUCCAGCACUCUGUUGAAACGUAAAAAUAAAAAUGUCAGGAGAAGAUAUAAUCAAGUGAGUUAUGAGUUGUGGAAUAACGGUGAUUUUGAAAUUUUCCCAAUUAUUGACCAUAGAGAAAUAAAAUCGCAAUCUGAUCGUGAGUUCUUUUCAAGAGCGUUUGAACGAAAAGGGAUGAAGUCGGAGAUAAGGCAGCUGGCCUUAGGUGAUAUUAUAUGGGUUGCCAAGAAUAAGAAUACCGGAUUGCAAUGUGUGCUUGAUACGAUAGUUGAAAGGAAAAGGCUAGACGACUUAGCGCUAAGUAUAAGGGAUAACAGAUUUAUGGAACAAAAAAAUAGGUUAGAAAAAUCUGGUUGCAAUCACAAGUAUUACCUUAUUGAAGAAACCAUGAGUGGAAACAUUGGGAACAUGAAUGAAGCACUGAAAACCGCUCUUUGGCUCAUUUUAGUAUACUACAAAUUUUCCAUGAUAAGAACUUGCAAUUCUGACGAAACUGUGGAAAAAAUACAUGCAUUGCAUACUGUCAUAUCUCAUCACUAUUCUCAAAAAGAUCUCGUGGUGAUAUUUCCAAACGACCUAAACAGCCAAGAUGAUUAUAAAAGAAUUUUGUUACAAUUUCGUGAAGAAUUUGAAAGGAAGGGUAGCAUUGAAUGUUGCCACAAUCUUGAAUGCUUUCAAGAAAUGAUGGGGAAGGGAGAUUUGAAGACUGUCGGUGAGUUGACUAUUCAUGUUUUGAUGCUUGUUAAAGGCAUAUCUUUAGAGAAAGCGGUAGCCAUUCAAGAAAUAUUUCCUACGCUGAAUAAAAUUCUGAUGGCUUAUAAAACAUGCGCUUCGGAAGAAGAGGCAAGAUUACUAAUGUUCAAUAACCUAGGAGAUGCACCAGGCGCAAAGAAAAUAACUAAAGGCCUUUCAGAAAAAAUAUACGACACCUUUGGUAAAAUGUAA